CGGCGGUGGCGGCGGUGGCGGCGGUGGCGGCUUCGGCGGCGGCGCGGGGGGAGCAGGCUGCAGGGUGGCAGCCCGCGGCGGGCUCCAGGUAACCGAAGCGCCGCGCAGUGCUGACCCGGCCGCCCGCCGCUGAGCCAUGGAAAUCGGCACCGAGAUCAGCCGCAAGAUCCGGAGUGCCAUUAAGGGGAAAUUGCAAGAAUUAGGAGCUUACGUGGAUGAAGAACUUCCUGAUUACAUUAUGGUGAUGGUGGCCAACAAGAAAAGUCAGGACCAAAUGACAGAGGACCUGUCCCUGUUUCUAGGGAACAACACAAUUCGAUUCACCGUAUGGCUCCAUGGUGUAUUAGAUAAACUUCGCUCUGUUACAACUGAGCCCUCUAGUCUAAAGUCUGCAGACACCAGCAUCUUUGAUAGUACUGUGCCUUCAAACAAGAGCAGCUUUAGUCGGGGAGAUGAGCGAAGGCACGAAGCUGCAGUCCCUCCCCUUGCCGUUUCUAGCUCUAGGCCUGAGAAAAGAGAUUCCAGAGUUUCUGCAAGUUCACAGGAGCAGAAAUCCACUAAUGUCAGACAUUCUUAUGAUGAUGGAGCUUCAACCCGGCUAAUGUCAACAGUGAAACCUCUGAGGGAGCCAGCACCCUCUGAAGAUGUGAUUGAUAUCAAGCCAGAACCAGAUGAUCUCAUUGAUGAAGACCUCAAUUUUGUGCAGGAGAAUCCCUUAUCUCAGAAAAAACCUACAGUGACACUUACAUAUGGUUCUUCUCGCCCUUCUAUUGAAAUUUACCGACCACCUGCAAGUAGAAAUGCAGACACUGGUACCCAUUUAAACAGGCUGCAACUUCAGCAGCAGCAAAGCAGUGCUCACACUGCCAAGCAGCCGGAGGUUCAGAGCAGCCAGGUCUACGAAGCAGGACGUCUGUGCGAACCGGAAGUGCUUAGCAGCAUAGAAGACACUUACAGCCCCUUCUUCAGAAACAGCUUGGAUAAGAUGAGUAUUGAGGAUGAAAACUUUCGGAAGAGAAAGUUGCCUGUGGUAAGUUCAGUUGUAAAAGUAAAAAGGUUCAGUCACGAUGGAGAAGAGGAGGAGGAAGAUGAGGACUACGGCUCCCGGGUAGGAAGUUUGUCCAGCAGCGUGUCGGUGCCAGCAAAGCCUGAGAGGAGACCUUCUCUUCCACCUUCUAAACAAGCUAACAAGAAUCUAAUUUUGAAGGCUAUCUCUGAAGCUCAAGAGUCUGUAACAAAAACAACUAACUAUUCUGCAGUUCCACAGAAACAGACACUUCCAGUUGCUCCCAGGACUCGAACUUCUCAGGAAGAAUUGCUAGCAGAAAUGGUCCAGGGGCAAAGCAGGGCCCCUAGAAUAAGUCCCCCUGUUAAAGAAGAGGAAGCAAAAGGAGAUGGUACAGAAAAACUUCAAGGCACUCAACAGAGGCAGUUAUUAUCGCGACUGCAAAUUGACCCAGUAAUGGUAGAGACAAUGGAGAUGAGUCCAGAUUACUAUGACAUGGAAUCCAUGGUCCAUGCAGACACAAGAUCAUUUAUUCUGAAGAAGCCAAAGCUGUCUGAGGAAAUAGUAGUGACACCAAACCAGGAGUCGGGGAUGAAGACUGCAGAUGCCCUUCGGGUACUUUCAGGACACCUUAUGCAGACACGAGAUCUUGUACAACCAGAUAAACCUGCAAGUCCCAAGUUUAUAGUGACGCUGGAUGGUGUCCCCAGCCCCCCAGGAUACAUGUCAGAUCAAGAGGAGGAGAUGUGCUUUGAUGGAAUGAAAUCCGUAAACCAAACUGCAGCCUCAAACAAGGGACUCAGAGGUCUCCUCCACCCACAGCAGUUGCAUUUGAUGAGCAGGCAGCUUGAGGACCCAGAUGGUAGCUUUUCCAACGCUGAGAUGACUGACCUGAGUAUGGCACAAAAACCAGAAAAGCUUUUGGAGCGCUGCAAGUACUGGCCUACUUGUAAAAAUGGGGAUGAGUGUGUAUACCAUCAUCCCAUUUCACCUUGCAAAGCCUUUCCCAAUUGUAAAUUUGCUGAAAAAUGUUUAUUUGUGCAUCCAAAUUGUAAAUAUGAUGCAAAGUGUACUAAACCAGACUGUCCCUUCACUCACAUGAGUAGAAGAAUUCCAGUACUGACUUCAAAACCAGUAGUCCCAUCACCAGCACCAUCUUCUAAUGGGCAGCUCUGCCGAUACUUCCCAGCUUGUAAGAAAAUGGAAUGUCCCUUCUACCACCCAAAACACUGUAGGUUUAAUACUCAGUGUACAAGACCAGACUGCACAUUUUAUCACCCCACCAUUACUGUACCACCAAGACAUGCCUUGAAAUGGAUUCGACCUCAAACUAGCGAAUGAUGCCCUAGCCCUACCUGGCAAGAAGAUCAUGCAGUUUGAAAGCUUCCAUCUUCUGAUGAGAGAGAUUCUACAGAACUUGUCAUGUCUUUGAAAUUUAGAAUAUAUUGCUUUCAUAAUAUGAAUUUUAUUGCCUAACUGAAGUGUCUAAUUUUUCAAGUUUGUAAGUUUAUUAAGUGGUUUCAGCAUUUUUUGUUUGUUUGUUUUGACUGUGAAAGAGACAGUUUAAAGAGAAGCCAGAUUCUAUUAAAACAUUGGCGGCAUGUUUGUACAUUGCUGGUUAACAUCAUUUCUGGUGUGGUACUGCAGCUUAGGGCUGUAGUGCCAUGGGAAGGCCAUGGUCCUCAAAGCUGAAUCACUUUCCCAAAGAUGAUACAGUGUUUUCACAUUGAGUUACAAAUAUUGCAUCAUCAUUGAGGAAAUAGGAGUGGCCAAAAUACUGAGGCAGCUUUGAACAACUAGUUUAAGUUUUCUUUUUAAUGUCUAAAUGAAUUUGCUUUGAAAAGCAUAAUACAGACUCUUAGUUUAAGUGCUACUCUGGUAAAGUGGACUGAGGUCCCUUGCCUUCUGUGAAAGUAAGUAGUGACAUGGUCAUAGAGGGUGAACAUGGUUGGAAUGACAAAUGCAAAAACAUAUGAACAAUUCCUUGAAAUAUUUCCAUUUACUAUCAGCAUAUAAUUUUAAAAUAAUUUUUGGGGGACUACAUUAUCACAAAAUCAUACAAAAAAAUUUUACAGGUAUAUACAGAAAGUUUCAGAAAACAGACUUUGAACUCACAAGAGUAUAAAUAUACAUAUAUAUUCCCAUAUUCUGAAAAAUAUUGUCAGAAAUAACUCCACAGAAAAUAUACUUAGUUACUCCUAAAGAUUGUUCUUGAAAUGUAGAAGUUAAGAUUUAAGUGGUAUAUUUUAAAUGACAGAACUAUAUAUAAUUACAGAGAUCGUAUGGGUAAAUGUCACAAUAGGUUGAAACUUGGCCACUGUAUUACAGAGUGUUAUGUGUGUGGUUUUUGAAACUGUUAAGGCAAGAAGUGUCAAAUGUUUUAAAUAACAGACAACUGAUUUCAAAGACUUGAUGUUUUUAAAAAUUAAAGUAUAAGAGGGAGUUAGCAAAAGGGAUAAUAAAAGCUCAAACAUUUUCAGGACCAAAUUUAAACUGUUCAGAUACGUAAGGAUGGAUAAUAAAGUCACAUCUAUAAACGUCUGUGUUUAACAUUGUGGA